CUGGAGAUACAGAUGACCCACCAAGAAUUACUCAGAACCCUGUUAUCAACGGGAAUGUGGCCAUGAGUGAUGGACACAACACCACCGAGGAAGACAUGGAGGAUGGGGUGUAACGGGGCAGUUGAAAGAAACCAUCAGUCACGGGCUGCACCACCAGAAGGACUCCUGUUCAGACCUCCUGCCAAAAGUUCAGCCUCCAUGAGAAACUGCAGCCGUAGUUGAGAGUUCUCUCACAGUGCGGUUUACCCCUGGCAGCUGGCUGAGGCAAUAUCUGAGGAAGACACGAGUUGGCGCUCCGAGGCAACCUUUCAGUUCACUGUCGAGCGCUUCAGCAGACUGAGUGAGUCGGUCCUUAGCCCUCCGUGUUUUGUGCGAAAUCUGCCAUGGAAGAUUAUGGUGAUGCCACGCUUUUAUCCAGACAGACCACACCAAAAAAGCGUAGGAUUCUUUCUCCAGUGCAAUGCUGAAUCUGAUUCCACGUCGUGGUCUUGUCACGCACAGGCAGUGCUGAAGAUCAUAAACUACAGGGACGACGAGAAGUCCUUCAGUCGUCGCAUUAGUCACCUGUUCUUCCAUAAAGAGAACGACUGGGGAUUCUCCAAUUUUAUGGCCUGGAGUGAAGUGACUGAUCCUGAGAAAGGAUUUAUAGAUGAUGACAAAGUUACUUUUGAAGUCUUCGUCCAGGCCGAUGCUCCCCAUGGAGUUGCGUGGGACUCGAAGAAGCACACGGGCUAUGUCGGUUUAAAGAAUCAGGGAGCGACUUGUUACAUGAACAGCCUGCUGCAGACUUUAUUUUUCACAAAUCAGCUACGAAAGGCUGUGUACAUGAUGCCGACCGAGGGCGAUGACUCGUCUAAAAGCGUCCCUUUAGCGUUACAGAGGGUCUUCUAUGAGCUGCAGCACAGCGAUAAGCCCGUAGGGACAAAAAAGCUCACCAAGUCCUUCGGGUGGGAAACUUUAGAUAGCUUCAUGCAACAUGAUGUUCAAGAGCUGUGUCGAGUGUUGCUUGAUAAUGUGGAAAAUAAGAUGAAAGGCACGUGUGUAGAAGGCACCAUACCUAAAUUAUUCAGAGGCAAAAUGGUGUCCUAUAUCCAGUGUAAGGAAGUAGACUAUCGGUCUGAUAGAAGAGAAGACUAUUAUGAUAUCCAGCUAAGUAUAAAAGGAAAGAAAAACAUAUUUGAAUCAUUUGUGGAUUACGUGGCAGUAGAACAACUCGAUGGUGACAAUAAGUAUGAUGCUGGCGAGCACGGCUUGCAGGAAGCAGAGAAAGGUGUGAAAUUCCUAACGUUGCCACCAGUGUUACAUCUGCAGCUGAUGAGGUUCAUGUAUGACCCUCAGACGGACCAAAACAUCAAGAUCAACGACAGGUUUGAAUUCCCUGAACAGUUACCGCUCGAUGAAUUUUUGCAAAAAACAGACCCUAAGGACCCUGCCAACUACAUUCUCCACGCGGUCCUGGUUCACAGUGGAGACAACCACGGCGGGCACUACGUGGUGUAUCUCAACCCCAAAGGGGAUGGCAAGUGGUGUAAGUUUGACGACGACGUGGUGUCGAGGUGUACGAAGGAGGAGGCCAUCGAGCACAACUACGGGGGCCACGACGACGACCUGUCCGUGCGGCACUGCACCAAUGCCUACAUGCUGGUGUACAUCAGGGAGUCGCGGCUGAGUGAGGUUUUACAAGCUGUCACCGACCAUGACAUUCCUCAGCAGCUGGUGGAACGAUUACAGGAGGAGAAGAGGAUCGAGGCCCAGAAGCGGAAGGAGCGGCAGGAAGCCCAUCUCUACAUGCAAGUGCAGAUAGUCGCAGAGGACCAGUUCUGUGGCCACCAAGGAAAUGAUAUGUACGAUGAAGAAAAGGUGAAAUACACUGUAUUCAAAGUAUUGAAAAACUCCUCGCUGGCUGAGUUUGUCCAGAACCUCUCGCAGACCAUGGGAUUUCCACAAGAUCAAAUUCGAUUAUGGCCCAUGCAAGCCAGGAGCAAUGGAACCAAACGACCGGCCAUGUUAGAUAACGAGGCAGAUGGCAAUAAAACGAUGAUUGAACUCAGCGAUAAUGAAAACCCCUGGACGAUAUUCCUGGAAACAGUUGACCCGGAGCUGGCCGCCAGCGGAGCCACACUACCCAAGUUUGAUAAAGAUCAUGAUGUGAUGUUGUUUCUGAAGAUGUACGAUCCCAAAACACGGAGCUUGAAUUACUGUGGGCACGUCUAUACACCCAUAUCCUGUAAAAUACGUGACUUGCUCCCGGUUAUGUGUGACAGAGCAGGAUUUCUCCAAGAUACUAGCCUUAUCCUCUAUGAGGAAGUUAAACCGAAUUUAACAGAGAGAAUUCAGGACUAUGACGUGUCUCUUGAUAAAGCCCUCGAUGAACUAAUGGAUGGUGACAUUAUAGUGUUUCAGAAGGAUGACCCCGAAAAUGAUAACAGUGAGUUACCCACCGCAAAAGAGUACUUCAGGGACCUCUACCACCGCGUGGACGUCACCUUCUGUGAUAAAACCAUCCCAAACGACCCUGGAUUCGUGGUCACGCUGUCCAAUAGAAUGAACUAUUUUCAGGUGGCGAAGACCGUCGCACAGAGGCUCAACACCGACCCCAUGUUGCUCCAGUUUUUUAAAUCUCAAGGGUAUAGGGAUGGCCCAGGGAACCCUCUUAGACAUAAUUAUGAAGGUACUUUACGAGAUCUUCUCCAGUUCUUCAAGCCUAGACAACCUAAGAAACUUUACUAUCAGCAGCUUAAGAUGAAAAUCACAGACUUUGAAAACAGGCGGAGUUUCAAGUGUAUAUGGUUAAACAGCCAAUUUAGGGAAGAGGAAAUAACACUAUAUCCAGACAAGCACGGGUGUGUCCGGGACCUGCUAGAAGAAUGUAAAAAGGCUGUAGAGCUCGGAGAGAAGGCGUCAGGGAAACUUAGGCUGCUAGAAAUUGUAAGCUACAAAAUUAUUGGUGUGCACCAAGAAGAUGAACUGUUAGAAUGUUUAUCUCCUGCGACAAGUCGAACGUUUCGAAUAGAGGAAAUACCUCUGGACCAGGUAGACAUAGAUAAGGAGAACGAGAUGCUGGUCACAGUGGCACAUUUCCACAAGGAGGUGUUUGGGACAUUUGGAAUCCCGUUUUUGCUGAGGAUACACCAGGGCGAGCAUUUCCGAGAAGUAAUGAAGCGGAUUCAGAGUCUGCUAGACAUCCAGGAAAAGGAGUUUGAAAAGUUUAAAUUUGCCAUUGUGAUGAUGGGCCGACACCAGUACAUAAAUGAAGAUGAGUAUGAAGUAAACUUGAAAGAUUUCGAGCCUCAGCCUGGAAACAUGUCUCACCCUCGGCCUUGGCUCGGGCUCGACCACUUCAACAAAGCCCCCAAGAGGAGUCGCUACACCUACCUGGAAAAGGCCAUUAAAAUCCAUAACUGACCUCCUGCUGCGGUGUGCAGGGCGAGGCCCAGCUGGGUGUGUGCCCCUUUUUAACAGCCGAGAACUUUGGCCCAGUGCACUCAAUCCGUGUCCCAAGUCUUCAGCAAGAGGAUUUGCUGCUGGUGUUAAUUUUAUUUUGUCGAGGCUGUUCAGUUUGGCUUCUCUGUAUCUAUUGACUGCCCUUUUUGAGCAAAAUGAAGGUGUUUUUAUAAAGCUUGGAUGCCAAUGAGAGUUAUUUUAUGGUAACCACCAUGCGAGGCGACUGGCUGCAUCCGGGAGAGGAGGGCGCCAGCCUCUGCCCGGGGGCCUGAGCUGCCCGCCGCCUCCUGGGGCCCGGCCACCAGCCCUGCAGCCGUCGCUCUCACGUUUAGGCUCAUCCGCCGUCUUUCCUCCAGUUACACUUCCCAUGACCUUUUGUGCAUCUGUAAAGGCGAAACAGAGAAACUCACGGCCUAAGAAACAGCUCUGUCCUCCAGCGCGCGUCCGUCGCCCCUUCCUCGGUCCUCCUCUCCUCCGCUGCCGUCUCAGCCCGUCCGCUCCGGCAGCCCCUUUGCAGAGCGGAUGCACUGAAUCCAGUCCUGACAGACGUUCUGGGGUCUUUUUAUUAAAUUGCAAACACUGUUAAAUACAAUUAAGGUGUACUGUGCUGCCUCUCGGCAAACCUGAUGAGCUCAGCAGUUCAUAGGCGCAGGUGAAAACAUUAUAAAUAGCGUUUCCUUCCAGUGGAACAGACGGGACACAAGACAGGAGAGCCUUUUAGCAAAGAGGGCAUGCUCACUAGUGGUUAGUAAGCUGUUGACUUUGUACAAAAGUUAAAAUAAAAAAGAGAAAAAAAAGGAGAAAUGAAAUUGUAUAUUUAAUGAACGACCAUGUACACUUUCCCCGGGAGGAGGUUGGCUUUCUGUCGGGCGGUCUGCAGUGGCCCUCACGGAUGUGGAUAUUCAUUGUGUGUAGUUUUCUUUCCGCCCCGGCCUUCGGUUCUGGAGCUCAUGCCAGCCGCGCGUCUAGUUUUGAGUGCAGUAAAAUAGAAUCAGCAAAUCACACUUAUUUUUCACCCUUUUCCAGUAUUUUUUUGUUUCUGUAGCAGCAGUGUACACCAACUCUUCCUGUAUAUUGCCUUUUUGCUGGAAAAUGUUGUAUGUUGAAUAAAAUUUUCUAUAAAAUGA